AUGGCUUCGAAGUGCAAUGCUUCACUGGUCCUCUUUCUAGCACUUAAUCUUCUCUUUUUUACCAUGGUGAGUGGUUGUGGGACUUGUGGUAGCCCUACCCCCAAACCAAAACCAAAGCCAAGUAAGGCUUCCUGCCCUAAAGACACCUUGAAACUAGGGGUGUGUGCUAAUCUGCUUGGUGGGUUGGUUGGAGUCGAAGUGGGUUCCCCAUCGGUUAAGCCAUGCUGCACCCUUAUCGGAGGCCUUGCUGACCUUGAUGCUGCCGUUUGCCUAUGCACUGCUAUUAAGGCUAACGUUUUGGGGAUCAAUCUUAAUGUGCCUGUCUCCCUCAGCUUGCUUCUCAAUGCUUGUGGCAAGAAAGUCCCAAGUGGCUUCAAAUGUGCAUAA